AUGGAAUACGUAGGAGUUCUACCAGCGCCGGAAGAUGUCAUACCACCAGCAAACAUACCUCUCUUUGGAAUCCUGGCGGAAAAUACAGCAGAACCGGGACAGUUCUAUUUCUGUUUCGAAGAAAUUAAUGGAAACGAGCUACUGGCGAUGACAAUGCAUUGCUGCCAACAAAAAGCCCACUGUCGGUGUCUCCAGAUGUGGGCGACACAUUACAUUGGAACAGAUAUCGAAACCGUACGGUGCGGGUACUGCAGAGCACCAUUCCCGGACAAGGAACUCUGUUAUCUGUGUCUACAAAACAAAAUCACCGGACAAGAAUUGAAGAAAACCCGAUGCUGUCAAACAACAAUCCACAAGAAGUGUACGGAAAUCCUAAACGAAAUACUGGCAAACCUGACAUUCGAUUUCUCGCUAGAAUGUGGCGAAUUAACCUUCUGCGGAUGCGUCUGGCACAAACUCUAAAAACACUAUAAUUAUCAAAAUCCCUGUAAACUACUGUAAAACUUAAUAAAUUUUCAAAUAUUCACCGCUGUACGCAAUUCUGAACAUUUCCCUGCUUCCGGGUUUCCAUGACGUCAUUGCUCCUGCAUACCCAUUACUUCCGGCAUACUCAUUACUUCCGGCAUACUCAUUACUUCCGGUGCUCUACUCGUUCCUGCAUACUAAUUACUUCCGCCGCUAUACUGCACUUCCGCCGCUAUACAGACGGUCUAAUACUACUGUAGGGACUUGUUGAACAUAAAAGUGGAGAUGCAAAUGUAAAAUUGUAAUGGUAAAAUAUCCUGUGGUGUGAAAAAUUUUUUGAUCAAACCCAAAUAGUAUGAUCGCGCUGUACUAAAAAGCUUGUAUGGAGGCAUGUCAAUUAUAAAGAGCGAGACAAGAUAAUCAUGUGUGUAAAAUUCAGUAUCCCUGUACACGGCGUUUCGUCCUUCAUGGACUCGUCAGCAGGGAUUGGGGUUGGCACAUGUGAGAGAGACAGAAUUAGAAGCUGAUAUGGAUUGCAAGGACAAAUUAAAAACAUAGCACUAUAUGUGUAUAACUAUUGUAUAGUAUAAAAUGUCUUACCAAAUUCGCUAUUGCAUUUAGUUAAACCAACACGUUGGGCCAUGGUUGUGUCAAUUGUUUACUGCCGUGUAGCACAGGAAAAAUCUUCGUGAGAUGAGAAUAAACCUCGUAAAAAGCUUGUAGAGCAAUUGUAAUUCAGCUGUAUAAAUUGCGUGUUAGAACAUGCACAGUUGGUGAGAUGUAUAUUUGGGGGUUGUGUGGAUAGCAGCGGUUCUGAGGGAGCAUUUUUGGGAACUGUGAACUUACCUGGGUCUGUUUACUUCAUGUAAUACUUCAUGUAGUGUUUGUGGACUUAGCACUACAUAUUUAACAGUUAUUCCACAAACUCGAGUCGAACAUGAGCUGAUCGACGAGAGUGAGCGGAAUAACUGUUUUAUUAUAUACACAAGGUCUGAAUUCACAGACUUUGCUUUUCGGAUAUUUUCAAUUUUUUUUCUAUUUUGCAAAUUUUAUAUGUUUUUAUCUUCGCUCUUUCGGACGCUUAUUUUUUAAAAAAUAUAUUUUUUAACCAUUUUAAAUUUUAAAAAUUCAUUUGCUAACCUGUGAUCUCUUAUAGAGAUCCGAACCCAUACCUGACCCCUGACCUUACAGAUAUUGAGGAGGAUGCCCUUUUGGCUGAUGUCAACAACUUAAGCAUGAACGACAACUUAAACAUGGACUACAGUUUUGAAGUAGACGAACUUUACUUAAUAAAUGAAAUUGAAAACCAAACAACAAGCAAACAUGAACAAAACACUGAAUCACCAAACACUGAUGAACAACAUACAAACAAACCUAAGAUUGACCAAAACAUUGCUGAACAUACUAUGGACAGAACGAACAAUGAGGAAGAAGACAUGGGCAUAACAGAGGAUAAUAACAUUGACAACUCAACCUAA